AAGAAAAAUAAGCAGUGAAAUUAAAAUACUUACGAAAUAUGAUAAAAAAUAUAAUUUAUUGUAUCAAAAAGAAAAAUCAUGUGACGUGAAAUAUUUUUAUUUAUUGAUGACUUGAUUUGAUUACUUGCAACACUACCUACCUAGUUCUGCAAGGGGGCUGGGGGCACCUGGGGAGAGCGAUCAAGUUUGCGAGUACGGUACGGAGAAGAAAAUAAAAAGUGAUUUUAUUUUAUUCAUGAAUGAAGUGUCCUAUGUUACACAGUAUUAUAUUUAUUCAAUGAUAAGCACAAGCUGUCCUUUGAAAUUAUCCUUGCAUAAAAUCUCAAGUUUCAAUGAUUGUUUAUGAUAUUAUACUUUUGAUGGUAGGGUAGCUGAUUGCGUCCCGGGUAUUGACGUUUAUUUUAUAUCUCUACAUAGAAACUUAGCUUGCGAAUGCUGUUUGUGUACGUUAUUUAUGGGCGUGUGGUUUAGGUAGUGAAUAGUAAAAAGAUCAUAUUAGUGAAAAAGUGAAAUAGUGAUUUAUUGGUUAUAUUUUAUUAUGUGAUACAAAUUGGCAUUGAUGUGGCAAACCGGAUUGCAUCAAGUUGGAGAAAACGUGACGCUGUUGUAAGAUGGCCGAGGGCGCGCGGCGAGCGGGCGGCGGCACCCUGGCGUCGGGUGACACGUGCGGCUCGAUGCUCGGGACAUACAGCGAGCACCCUUUAGUCCGAUUGGAUUAAAACGGGCAUAUCCGGCUAGUAUGGAGGAGUGCAAGAAGAGGCAUACAGGGACUAAAGUUUCAAAAAUUGCUAAUAUUUUUCAAGGAAUGCCAUCAAAAGAAGACGAAGAAAUGCGUGGUAGUGAUGUGACGGUUGUGCGAACAGAGAGUCAUCUGGCACGGUUUAAUAAUGCCAGAGCUCUUUUUGAAAAGUUGGGUGAGGAGAAUCGUGGUUUUAGAAUUGAAAAGUCGCCAUCGGCUGCAGCGAGCUUUGCUGGUACGCGCGGCGUUACACCUCCAGCACCAGCUCGUUCACGUUCCAGUUCCGCGGGUUCUGUGAGCCCACCUAGGCGUAUAGUUACUCCAACACCUAUCGUAACAACGACCCUAAAUGGUGACCGUCUGUCAAAUGGUGCAACACAACCGCCUCCAAAACCUAUAAAACCAAGUGUAUUACCUAAACCAGAUAAACCAGACAGGCGAUUUAACAAAGAAUUAAUCGAAAAGCAGAAAAAUUGGACUGCCCAUUUCAAUAAAGUUCGACCAGCUCGAAGUGAGCAUGAGUCUAGAGUGGAUACUAAAUAUCCAAGUACUUAUCAAUCACCAGAAGUAGGUGAGAGGUAUGUUGUUCCGUCACGAGUUUAUUCGCCACCGCAAUCGCCUGGUGCUGGUGAUUCACAGAUAGAACGCCCUAGUACUUUCCCUUCUAGUUUAAUUAAUCGAAGUGGCACGAAAUCUCCUAGUCCUAUAAAAACAAAUGCUAAUGUGUCACCUUCAGCCAGAUCUGUUAAUUCACCCACCGCUAGAUCCGAAAUACCUUCGCCAGCUGUUAGAAGAGAAAGUUCGAGUUCACCUGUAAAACCAUGUACUGAAGUAUCUUAUCAUCCAAUAGAAAAAGUUGAGCGGCUAAUACCAAAAUCUCGAUCGUCAAUUGCAUCUUUAAAUGAUAAAGAUGAACUAGCUAAGGAAAAAAGUGAGUUAUCGCCAUCUAAAACAAAAGACUAUUUGCAAUCUCCCAAUUUGGCAUCAAAACCAAUCGAACGAAUAUCACCAACACCACAACUUCCAGUUACAGUGUCAGCACCGCUUGAUCCUGCCCCUAGAAAAUCUCCACCUUCCCCACCACCUAGAUCACCAAAGUCUCCUCUUUUACCAGUUUCUCAAGAAGAUCAAUCGAUAGAUACAGAACAAGAACCAUCUUUGUCACCUUUACUAGGUGAAAAUGGGCAUAAGUGUACAUCAGACUCUACUGAUCAUACGGAUUCCCAUCACACGUAUUCUAUUAUUUCAAGAUCAUCUACAUCUCCUACGCCACCAGCUCAAACACAUGAAGAAAGUGAUAAAAGAAUUCAUAGUGAUCAUUGUUCUCCAGAACCAGCAAACCUGGAGGACAAUGACAAAAUUUCUCCUAAAUUAUCAGAAACUACCAGUUUAGAAGAAGAUGGAUAUGAAGCUGUAGUUUAUGACGAAAACUGGGAAGAGAAGUCUAAACGGCGUACUUCAACGCCCGAGUCCCCAGGAUGUGUAGCGGAGACGAACGUAGCAACCCAGUCUCCUAUUGUAUCACCACUAGCGUCCCCAGUCCAUCACCACACUAAUUCUUCGGCUCCGCCUUCUCUUCAUACUUCACCUUCGCCAGUGGGCGGAGGGCGUAAGUCUUCUGAGGCGGAGGAAACGCCGCGGCGGCCUGGUUCUCGCGCGUCGAGUGUGUCUGACGAGGGUGGGUUCAACGAGCCCUCUCCAGAGGUAGUGGCGCGCCUGCGGCCCGCCGACUACCGCGAGCCGCCGCCGCCGCCGCUCACGCGCGACCACAGAGACGCUGAAUGCGCACGUUCAGAUCCUGAUACGCUCUCUGUCUUACAACAAGACUCGGGGGUGGUGGUAAGUGAGGCGAGUCAGGGCUCCAUAGAAGUGCUCGAUAAGUCGACCACUAGCCAAUGGAGCGUGUCGGAGGGCGAGAACGCAUCCGGCGAGGGCGGCCGCGGAGAGCCGGACGCGGAGGCGCGCUGGGACGAGGCCGACCCGGACACCAAACAGCCAGACAGCAUGACGCCCGACGAGGCCGAGAUACUGCUCAGCUCCAGUAUUCUGGAGAAAAAACUUAGGCAAGAAGCUCUACUGUCAGACGAGCAGGCGCAAGAGAUAGUGGCGAUGCUGUCACCACACACUCUGCCUCACGACAAUGGCGUGUCGCUUAAUGACAGCUACCAGUCCGUGCUCUCCUAUGAGAGUAUGCAGUCAGUGGAUGAGAGCUAUGAGUUCGUUUCGCUUGAGGCUGAAAAUGGUAUGGCCGGGGGUGACCGCAAGAUGCCGCACGAGGGCGAGCCCGAGCGCGAACCCGAGCGCGAGCUUGAGCGAGAGCCCGAGCCGGGCACAGAACCCGAGCCGGAGAAUGAGUCAGGCACCGUGUUCGAUUAUUAUCCACCUCGCUCAUUGCGAGAACUCGGCGAAGAAAACGGAAUACAUUACUUUGAGGAUGGACAUUUUUAUACUGAGAUGGCUGGUCUUCCACCAAUUGAAGAAGAUGAAGACGACGAUUAUUAUCCUGCAGUAUUCGUUAAGAAAAAUACCAAAGUCAAAUUUAGUACGAAUCCAAUGCGCGUAUUCUCCACUCACUCAAUAAGUGAUUACGACCGACGCAACGAAGAUGUUGACCCAGUGGCCGCAUCGGCCGAGUACGAGCUGGAGAAACGCGUGGAGAAAAUGGAUGUAUUUCCUGUGGACCUUAUCAAGGGCGCUGAUGGUCUAGGUCUAUCUAUUAUUGGAAUGGGUGUCGGUGCUGACGCCGGGUUGGAGAAACUUGGUAUUUUUGUUAAAACCAUCACUGAAAGCGGUGCAGCCGCGAGAGAUGGCCGCAUACAAGUUAACGACCAAAUUAUUGAAGUGGAUGGCAAGAGCUUGGUGGGUGUGACUCAAGCGUAUGCGGCGUCCGUGCUUCGCAACACGUCAGGACCGGUCAAGUUCCUCAUCGGCCGCGAGAAGGACCCCGAGAACAGCGAGGUCGCACACCUCAUACGCCAGUCAUUAAUAGCCGAUAAAGAGAGAGAGGAAAGAGCGGCACGCGAGCGACAACGUCGUCAGCAGAGCGAGGAAGAGGAUGCUAACCAGCAGGCGGCCGCCGACAGCACCACUCAGGCUCGGCACCCGGAGAUCAACGAACUACGAGCUUUGCUGCACGAGUUGGUGGGCAUGGAGGCGGGCGGUGGCAGCAGCGCUGAAAUAAGUGCUCGUGUUCGGGCGUGGAGCUCGCAGCGUGCGCCCGACGAACACAUGCGGCGGGCGCUCGCCAGCGCCGCCGACACCGCGCACCGCGCACAGCGCAAGUACGACAAGGCGCGGCGUGCGCUGCGCGAGUGGCGUCGCACGCGCGCGCUGGUGCGCGCCCGCGAGGAGUGGUGGAGCGGCGCGCUGCGCGACGCGCACCGCGAGUACGCCGCCGCGCUCUCCGCGCUGCACGACCGCGUCGCGCGCCUCGAGGUGCUGCUGCUCGAGACGCAAAAGAAAGCAGGCUUGCCGGUGAUGCUGCCACAUGAGCCAUCGGCUCGGCGGGAAACGCCGCCUUUGCCGCGGCGACCCGACCCCGAUCCACUUCUUAUUAACGAUCCAUGGAGUUCAGACAGCGAUCUUUCCGACUUGUCCCCUAUCGAGGACGAGUACGCGAAGGUAGACAAGUCGGAUCGUCGUCGGGAGGCUCCAGACAUCGGCGACGUUACUGCCACCACCGCUGACCACAAGGCGCCCGUCAAUACUGUCACCACAGAAGUCGCAAGUACCGUCGCCCCUGAGCCCGCGAUGGUGCCGGCCGUCACUACAGCAGCGAGCGUGCCUGUCACUACUACGGCGGCUACAACUGCCCCUGAUAAGCUUACGUCGACAGUAGCCGCGAGCUCGGUGGGCGAGACGCUGAGCGGCGUGUCCGUGAGCGCGUUGGUGUCGAGCCGCGAGGCGGCGGCGGCGUCGGCGGCGUCGGCGGGGGGGCAGGUGUCGGCGGGGGUGGCGGUGUCGGCGGGUGGUGCGGGGGAGGCGGCGGGGCGCGAGCUGGACGCGGCGGUGCCGCGCGGCGCGCUGCUGGACACGUCUGCGCACCGCGCGCGCACCGACCUCGCGCGCCACCGCCACCACGCGCCGCACUCGCCGCACUCGCUCAGCAACGCCAGCUCGUACGACGGUCUCGAUGACUCUUAUAAUGACUCGGCUGACGAGUCCCUCAGUGAAUCUACGUCAGGAGCACCACCCAACACCGGGCAUGGCACGAUGAGUCGUGAAACUCGACAAAGUUGUGGCAGUUCUGUUGGCAGCGGGACCGACGACGGUAUAUACUCGCGAGAUCACAGGCACCAUCCAUUAACAGGUCCGGCGGCGUCGCUGGCAGAGCAACUGAAGCAAGUGUUAGCGGAGCGAGAGCGACGACUCGCGACUGGCUCGUCGCCGCCACAGCCUGACCCCGUGCAACUCACUAACGACCUCGUCGACGAGAUCAGGCAGGCCGUCAGCGAGGCUAACGCCAGAGUGAAGAAAGCUCCGGCUUGCGUAGUCGGCGGCGAGGUGCCGUGGCAGCCGCUGUCGACGGCCGCGUCGGAGGCGAGCUUGUCGCCGCCGCCUCCCGGCCCGGCGCCGCACCCCAUUAACCACUGGACCAAGCAGCAGGUAUGGCAGUGGGUGUCCGGCCUGGGCGACGGACUAGAGCGGCACGCGGGUGCGUUUGCAGCGCGCGGUGUCGACGGCAGCCUGCUGCUAGCACUUAGCUCCGCUGACCUCAAGCUACUAGGGCUUCCCGGGGAUGACCGUCGUCGUAUGAAACGUCGCCUGAAAGAAUUGCGCACUGCUCACGAAAAACACCUCAAAGCCCUCAAAAAGGCUGAGAAGAAAGCCAAAAAGAAAUAAACCCACCCCUUCCCACUUCGCCGAGACAUCGGUCCGAGAACUAAUCGAGAGUUCUUAGAGCUCGGUGAUGUGGCGCAACGUCUGGCAGCUAAAUGAAGCAGCAUUAAAAUAAAAGUUCUCGUCUUGCAGACGUGGCCACGAUUUCUCCGUAAUUACAUCGUCCACUGUACCAUGCUGGUUUUCCCUUUCUGUUUUGUACCUGUACAUUUCCAACACUUCAUUGUUCGAUCUAAUUCAGUGAUCUCCCUGUACAAGUUUGCAAUUUUAUCGUUUUAUAUACGCCAACCUAGUAUCAAAUUGAUUCGGGUUCGAAUGCAUUAUGAUACAGCCAAUAAAAUGUAAUUACGUUCUAAGACCAGCGUUUGCUGCGUGUACCAGCUAAUGUUCAUGUGACUGUGCCUACACGACGUCGGUGAAGGACUGGUGAGCUGUGUCCGAUAGCGUACAGAGUGCCAUCUGACCUAUAGCUUAGGGUUUAGUGACGUUAGUGCUGCUUCAAACGAAGAAACGAAUACUAUUAAUCGAAAAUUAGAUGUAAGUCAAUACGGAACAGGUUGAGUAGUACUCAUUUAUCUAGACUGUCUAUUCUACUGUAAUCUAUUUAUGCUCUAUUUAAUUAUUUUACUUGUAUUCCGUUGGAUCCACAUGUUUUUUCAUUGUUCCUAAAUUUUGUAUUAAUUGUGUCAGAUUUUCUUCGAGUUCAAUGAGAAAUAAUGGACUGUGAGAAAAAUACUGGCUCAAUCUAGUCAUAAGAUGAAUUGUAAGCUAUUUCAAGUCAUGAAAUACUUUAACAUUUUUUUCUUAGAAAAAUUAAUAUUAUAAAUAAGAUGAAUAGGAUAUAACGUUCAUGUAACUACUGUCAACUAUAUAUUAACAAGAUAGCAGUGCGAUAAUUUGUAUUAAGUUGGUAUGAUGUAACAAUGCAAGUUGAUUUUGGUUACUUUGGCAUUUAUUUAUGUACUGUAUUUUGCACAAACUGUACUUAGCAUAAUGGUGUCCAUUUGUGUAUCACCAGACUUUUAGUAUUUUAAAAUAGCGAAGUAUUCAUGAAGCAUGUGAUCUCAUUUCAUGUAAGAGUACCAGAUUUUCUGCGUCGUUUCAUCCACGUUUCAGUAUUUGUUAUAUGUAUCUCUCACUGCGGCUCUUGUCUUGUGCAAUCCUUAUGAUUUAUUAUACAUUCCAGUAAACUUCUUUCUCGAUAUUAUAGUUAUGAGAUUUCAAUGAUUUAGCAAGCUUUAUAGUUUUCUUAGGCGACAAAGUGAAUAUGGUUUGUCUAUAUGUCGUUCUAUGUAUUCUUGUGAGUACGUUUUGUUCCUUGGCUGCCCUGUAACAUGUAAAUAUAGUCUCAAACGUAGACUGAGAGGAACUACCGAGGUGUGCUAGCGAUAAUUGUGUGACUGAAUGUACACUGUACAUUUUAAUAUGUUAUAUUAUUUCAAAUAAGAGUUAACAAAUAAUGUAAGUAGAAUCCAUUAACCAUUGCCAAAAUUGAUCAGUACUUUUAUUAUAAUAUUGUUGUUUUUUUUUUAUUUACAUAUUAAAUUAUUUUACUAUUUAUUUGGGACCAAAUUAAUUUGUUAUGAACUUAUUUUUAUGUAUUUGGGUGUGCAUUUUAAAAAAGAUUUUUAUUAUUUAUAAUUUAAUAAACAAACCAAAGUCAAUCA